AUGCAAUAUACUUCAUCAAUCCUUCUUUUGGCCUUCGCUGCCACCAAUGUCCUCGCCCACGGUGUCGUCACUGAAGUUCAGGGUGCCAACGGUGUUAACAUGCCAGCUCUCUCUGUCGCCGAUGGAACUCCUCGUGAUUGCCCAUCUCCAGGUUGCGGUGCUGAGGCUGAUACUUCCAUAAUCAGAGCUAAUGAGAUGGGUACUUCCAAGGCUUCUGCUCUUGGUCGCACUGCCACUGGUCCAGUCAGCGCUGCCAAGAUGAUCUCCAUGUUCAUGGGAGGCAAUGCAAACAGCACCGCCGCUGUUGCAGCUCGUGAAAUUCACGCUGCCAGCAUGCUCAGACGCUCCCUCGUUGUCCGCGCCGCUGAUGGUGGUGCCAAGACUCCAUCCGGCACUUCAGAGACCGGUGUCAAGGCCGCUAUGGGUGCCGGUGCCACAUCUGGCAUGCCAACCUGUGCUGAUGAUGGAACUGUCAAGAUGACCUUCCACCAAGUUAACCAAGAUGGUGCCGGACCAUUGACUGCAAUGGUCGACCCCACUUCCGGUGGAACUGACCCAGCUGCUUUCAAGAAGGCUGCAGUUACCCAGAACGUUCCAGGUAUCGGUAUCGGUGGUCUUUCCGCCGCUCAAACCACCGAUUUCCAAAUGGCUGUUCAGAUGCCAGCUGGUAUGACUUGCUCCGGCUCUGUCGGUGGCGCCUCCAACGUCUGUGUUGCCAAGGUCCAGAACAGCGCUCUCGCUGGUCCUUUCGGUGGAUCCGUUGCUUUCACCCAAUCCGCUGGUGCCAAGAAGCGUGCGAUCGAGUACAACCUCAGCAAGCGCCGCUUUGCCCGUGCUCUUGCUACCGAGUCCGAAUAAGCAUCUUCAGUAUGCCAGCGAUGGUCGAUAGUGGGUAAUGCACCCGAAGUGGUAUGGAAAUUGAACAAGAUAUAAGAUUAAUGGUUAUUAUUGGUUGAUGAAUGGCUCGGAAUUCCCUUUGUGUUAGAAAUUUCUUUUGUAUUGUGGUGGACUCUUGCUAGCGAUGGGAAAUGAGAUCUGCGAUUUCUUCUCCAGAGCUAGAAGAGGGGGUGGUCCUAUAGAUAUUGUGAUGAUGAAUUGACUUAUACUUUCCUUAUACACAUAAAGUCCUUUCAUAGAUGCUGAGCACGCUCAUUAUUUAAAUCCUAAUUAUGCUGAUCAAAAAAA